AUUAAUCUCUGAACGUAAAUAGCGAUACAACUCUCUUGGUCCAAGUCACGGGUAUUUCCGCACCUCAUGACGCUAGGCAAUCCCGACCUGCCCUCCAAACUCGCCGCACCCACCAAGAAAUCCGUGUUCGAACGACAAAAGGCCGAAGCUGAAGCCAAAAAGGCGCGGGAAAAGGCAGAGACUGCAGCUGUCCUUGAGGACUUUGUCAAGAGCUUCGACGAUGACGACGGAUAUCGUAAUACGUUCCCGUCAAGACGAGGUGGUUUAGGAGGAGGAAGUGCUCCGGCCAAUAACUUCGGUGCUGGACCUGGAAAGAGACAUUUCACGAGUUCGGGAUUGAAGAGUGGUCCUGGCAGCCUGGGGCCUUCUCCAUCUCUGUCCAAGAGUGGGCCGGGCAGUUUAGGACCGACUCCGAGUUUUGGCAAGAAAAGACACCAUGAUGACUACGCUGGAGGUCGGGAUGGCGACCAGGACCGGGCACGAGACAGAGACCGCAGGGAUAGGAUCUUCUCGUACGAUGACCGAGCCAGAGACCACAGAAAAGACGGCACUUUUGCUGCUGAAGACGAUGAAGGCAAGGAUGCUGAUGAAAUCAAGGCCGCGGCAAAACCCACGUUACAUCUCUCGUCUAUCCCACCGGGCACGUCUGUUGCGGUUAUCAAGGGUUUGUUCGCUGCGUCUCCACUGACCGUGGACAAUGUGCGUGUCCUUCCAGCACCGGCAGCAUCGACGAGCGGCAGAAAAUCCAUUUCAGCAAUCGUCACACUUGCCGCAGAAACACCAGCCACGGACAUCGACACUGUCGUAUCCCAUCUCCAAAACCAAUACCUGGGAUUCGGUUUCAAUCUGUCAAUCUCACGCCACCUUUCUUCCGCUGCACUAGCAGCUUCCAAUCCUCUCAACGCAACUUCUGCAAACCUGAACAACCUGCCCUUCGGUGCCAAGCCAAUUCCGCAACAUACAUCUCUAUCCCGAGCUCCUCCACCAGGCCAAGGACCAGGCCGCUUCGCUCCUCCGGCAUCCUAUACCUCGUCCACUCCUUACGGCCCCAGGUCAAACCUCCCACUCACCCAAGUAACGGUCCAAACACCGAACGACCUCAAACAACUCCGCCUCAUCCACAAAACUCUUGAAGCCCUGCUAAUUUACGGCCCGGAGUUUGAAGCCCUCCUCAUGUCUCGGCCCGAAAUCCAGCGUGACGAACAAUGGUCCUGGCUCUGGGACUCCCGGUCGACAGGCGGCGUCUACUACCGCUGGCGUCUGUGGGAAAUUCUCACGAAUGCCAAAUCCCGGAGACGGCGCCAGCCUUCAAGCUACGCCAUCCGUCCGCAAGGCGACACCCUCUUUGAAGGACAAAGCACAUGGAUCCCUCCCGAAGAGAACCUCAAAUUUGAAUAUACCACCAAACUCGAAGACUUUGUCAGCGACGAAGACUACAACUCGUCAGAUGAGGAGGACGCCAAUGAAGGCGGCGGUCUCGCACGACGAUACCAGGACCACCAAAAGCUCGGUGGAAACGCACCGGAUGUGACAGCGGAUACAGACGGGGCAGGAUACCUCAACCCACUUGCGAAGACCAAGCUCGUUCACUUGCUCAGUCGUCUACCCAGGUCGAACGCCACUCUCCGGAGAGGCGACGUCGCACGCGUGACUGGGUUUGCGAUUGAGCAUGCAGGUGCCGGCGCCGAGGAAGUUGCAGCACUUGUCACGCGGAAUGUGAUUAAACCAUUCUGCUAUAAUGUCAAGAGACAAGACGGCCCAGCCAACUCCGCCUACGACGAAGACGGCCCUCAUUCCGAACGUGAUGCCGAUGACCUCAAAGCUGCAGGAACAGGCACGCCUGCAGACCGUGAGGCCGAAAACGAGGAGCCGAGAGCCGGCGACGGAUCAUCCUUGAAAGACACCUCCCCGGCCUCUCUGUUGGGCUUGUACAUCAUUUCCGACAUCCUCUCGUCGUCCGCGUCCGCCGGUGUCCGACACGCCUGGCGCUAUCGGUCUCUCUUCGAGACAAAGCUACGCCUCCAGAACGUCUUCCCCAUUCUAGGCCGUGUCCCGCGCGAUCUGAACUGGGGCAAACUCAAGGCCGAGAAGUGGCGACGCAGUGUUCAGAAUAUUCUGGGCCUGUGGGAAGGCUGGUGCGUGUUUCCCGGGCCCGUUCACGAGGCCUUCGUCGAAGGGUUCUUGAACCCGCCACUCACUCCGAAAGAAAUAGCCGAGAAAGAGGAGAUGGAGAGAGCCGCCGAGAAAGAGCAGAGGGAUCGCGAGAAGGUCAGUCGGUGGAGGAGUGUCGAUCAACAUGAGCCACCACCCAACAACAAGGAUAGAGAUCUAGACCUCGAUGGCAGGCCACCAAGCAAGGCCGGUCGGGACCGAGAUGCAGAUGGCGAUGUCGAUAUGGAUGGACGGCCUAUGGAUGAUGAGGAUGAUGACGAAGACGAAGCCGAUCAGAUCCUGCUCGAUGACAAUCUCGACGGCGUGCCGAUGGUGGACAGCAGUGACGAAGAGGGCGACCAGGAUGAACAGACAACGGGACAGGAACCUGCCGGUCAUGAGCAUGAACCGGAACCUGUGCCACACCCACGCCCGUCCGUAAAAGACGAAGACUACUCUGAAGCAACUACGGACACACCUGCUGCGCCGCUCAACACUCGGCAUGAUCCCGAGGCCCAAUCUUCUCAAGCUCGCAGAGUCCGCCCCAGGGCUGCCGACUUUGAUGAUAUGUUUGAAUGAAAGUCGAGCUCCUCCUUCGGGUCUUGAAGCCACAUAGCGGUCAAGUCGACAAAUGGUCGUCAUCACCGUCCCGGCAUGACGAAUAUGAAACCCAAGGUUCUUCAGAGACUUACUGCCAGUAAUUUCAGAGAGCUUAUGUAUCGAAUAAUGAGGAACGCCUUAGGAUACUCUGGUCCAGGGAUCUUUCACCCAACAUAUAGCGCCCAACUUGAAGCUGCCUGAAGUGUCUCAGUGUUUUGUUUGAUCAAAUUAAUCAUAUGAGCAGUCCAAGAAGAAGU